CUCUGUUACUACGAGAAUAUCGUUAUGGGGCGAAGCUCUCGGGAACCUCAAUGCCGCUCGCAGCUCGGGCUCGUGGCUGCAUGGGCGGAGCGGCGUGCGCUGUGGUCGUAGGGAAACGUGUUGUUCACUCACAGCCUGUGUGAUUACUCUACCAGGUGGAGCGUGCAUGAGGCCUAGAGACGACGGUCCGCGCGUUGGACAUGCAACUCAGAACUGGCCCUGAAAACGGAAAGAUGGCUACUCGUCGGCCUGGAGGCAUCCCCCCUGUGGGGGCACCAGCUCUAAGGGGCGGGUUCCCUGUAGAUUAUGGUCCGCGAGUAGACGAUCGGCGGCAAGGUCUCUCAUCACCUUUGUCUCGUCCUGGUCACCAUGGUAGAGACGAUCAUGAGGACACACCACCCUCCAGACAUUUGUGGAUAGGGAACGUUUCCCACGAUGCCACAGAGGCUGCCAUCAGGGAGAAGUUUUCUCAAAUUGGGGAUGUUGAUAGCGUUACAGUCUACUCUUCUAGGAAUUAUGCUUUUGUCAACUUCAGGAACCUCCAUGACGCUGUGGAGGCGAAAAACCGGCUUCAAGGCUUUGUUAUUGGUGGUAUGGCCAUUCGUAUUGAGUACGCGAAAGGGCGUAAUAUGCUAUCUGAGCUUGCGAGAUAUCGGGAUAAAGAUUCUGAUCACGUCAAAUGCAUGGAGGAACAAGUUGCAGCAAGAUCUACUCGUGUGCAGGCCACACAAAGCCGACAUCUUUGGGUUGGAGGAAUAAGCCCAAAUGUGACUAAGGAGCAAAUUGAAGGCGAAUUUAGGAAUUAUGGGGUUCUGGAAGAUUUCAAAUUAUUACGAGAGCGGAAUUGUGCUUUUGUGGACUAUAUUAGGAUUGAGGAUGCUGUCAAUGCAGUAGAAGCACUUAAUCGGAAGCGUAUCGGUGACGAGGAGUUGCGUGUCGACUACGGACGAUCGCAGCCUUCCAAAAGGGAUUCACGGGGAGACCAGAAAAGCUCGCAAGAUGGUUACAAUUCUCAGCAUGGAUUGCAGGGGGGGUCUGGUAAUGGAGUAGAAGGACGUGUUAAAGCCGAUAAAGAUGGAGGUCCUAGUGAAAUCCUAUGGGUGGGAUUUCCUUUACCUUCGAAAGUUGACGAGGAUGGAUUAAGAAGAGCUUUCAUGCCAUACGGAGAGGUUGAACGGGUGAAGACAUUUCCAGGGCGUACGUAUGCGUUUGUACAGUUUCAAAAGGUUGAAGAGGCCACACGUGCAAAGAACGCUUUGGAUGGGAAACUUUUUGAUGAUCCUCGUGUACACAUCCGAUAUUCAAAGAGUGAGAUCGGUCCGAUUGACAGUCCACGGGAUGGCCCACCUUCACGGACAGCAGAUCGUCAAGGAUUUUCGACAGACGUGCUUGGGGGUCCAAGGGGAAUGCCUCCAGCAGCGAUUGAUAGGUUCGGUAGCCCUGGCAGGACCUCUGCUAAUCCCAGUACACGACUAGGUGGACUUAGGCCAGAGUAUCGACCCAACGCUCUUAUGGCUGGCCUUGUAGAUCGUGGGAGUUCGAGGGAGUCGGACGUUGAGCCUGGGAUGGGACGCACAUCUCACAGAAACGUGUCUCAUAUAGACGACUUAGAGUAUUCGAGGGGUAUAAGGCCUGACAGCCGUUCGUCGUAUGAUGAUGCGUGGGAUUUGCCCGAUGCAGAUAUUGUACCCAGAGAAUCCAAACGUUUGCGUGUUUAUCCUGGAGGAGGCGCAGACUCUCCUGGAUUAGAAUCAUGGUAUGAUCAGCGUCCACAACCAAGUUCUGAUAGUGGAUCCUACGUUGGGACGGGAGUUUCCAAUAAUUAUGAGAAUUUGCGUGUACCAGCUGCACCAGAUUAUAGUUUCGGGUUGGGAAGCAGACCUCGUGUAGGACUUCCUGGAGCUGAGAGUAAUAAUUCUCUUCCUAUUGGAAGCCGACCAGCCGUUGUUGGACAUGCACCGCCUCCUAAUUCAUCUGUAAUACCGAUAUCUUCUACUUAUGCGAAACAUAGCGUAGAGGAUGUCAAAGAACCAGAAGGAUGGCAAUGGCACGGCACGAUAGCCAAAGGUGGCACUCCUGUUUGUCGGGCCCGGUGUUUGCCGGUCGGCAAAGGAAUUGAUGCAACUGUUCCAGAUGUUGUGAACUGUACGGCGCGCACAGACCUUGACAUGCUGGCGAAACAUGUAUAUCAAGCUGGAGGAUUUGGUGUUGUGUUCUUCGUACCUGAGGGGGAUCCCGACGUCCCACCAUAUCAAGAUUUUAUGCAUUAUCUGGGGGAGAAACACCGUGCUGGUGUUGCUAAACUGUCUGAUGGUACAACUCUUUUCCUUGUUCCUCCAUCUGAAUUCUCAGAGAAGGUAUUAAAGGUUCCUGGGGAUAAUUGCCUGUUUGGGGUCGUUCUGAAGUCUCAACCAGUUUCAGCACCGGUAAUAAGUUAUAACCUAUCUGCACAGCAGCAACAGCAGAUCUCCUCUUUAGCACAUCCUCCUUAUCCCCAGCAGCAAAUUCCCUCCCAACAUGCACCGGCUUCCCAGUCGCUAUAUUCACAAAACCAGGUACUACCGCAGCACGUAUUACCAAUUCAGGAACCUGCUCCUUAUCAAGGAUUUCAUCAUUCUCUUCCUCACGAUGAGCAGCCUGCGCAAACAGGAUUAUCUACCUCCAUUUCUUUGAAUGAUAGCCUUGCAAGCGGUGUUCCUAUCUCGAACUCCAAUAGUAGACCGAUGUUGACGCAAGCACAGUUAGGAAGCAUUGCAGGAUUACCGGGUGUCCUGACUCCUGAGCUCAUUGCAUCCCUUACGGCAUUACUGCCCAAAACUAAUAACGGUCAGGCAUCUUCCAGCACCGACUCAAACGUGGUGCCUCCUCUUGCUUCUAAAGUGUUGAAGAUUCCUACCGGUAUCUCGGUUCUACCAGUCGGGAGUACUCAACCGCUAGGAGGCUCUCUAUUACAAAGUGAUGUGAGGCCUAUGAUUAGACCAUCGCAGAGCAAUCCUCCAAUUACAUCAGUUCAAGGAUGGCUACAGCAGCAUACCCAGCAGGACCGAUCUCAAGCUGGAGUUCAAAAUUAUCAUUCACAAGCUGCAGAUCAAAGCACUACGUACACAUCUCAAGCACCUUCCCAACAACAUAGUCUCUAUGUAAAUCCUUCUACGCAGUUCCAUCUUCAACAGUCUCAACAGCAAUCAGCACAUCAAAGUACGCAACUUCAAGCCCAAUCUAGUCAUAUUUCAGGCCCACUUUCAUCAGGGCAGAUUUCUAGCUUUGCUGGACCUCCUGCACAACAUGGAUAUCCAGGCCCUUCCGUAUCUAGUGUCCUACAAUUUCCUCCUCUCCCCUUAAUACCCAGACCACCACAGCAGCCCAUGGGCGCUCCGCAACAACAAAUGGGUCCACCUCCCCAACUUCCUAGUGAUCAGUUAGCUCAGCUCACUGCUUUGCUAACUCAGCGGCAGCAGCAGACUUCUCAGCAACAGACUGCUUCACAUCUUUUGCAGCAGCAUCUCCAACACCAAUCUACCUCAUCGAGCGGUCAAGCGACUGCUGCAUCGCAACCCCAACAAGUUCUGGGCUCUCUGCCUCAACAACACCAGCCACAGCAUCAACCUCCUCCGGGACUUCCCCAUGGUCCUCCUUUGCAGUCCCAGCCUCCUAAGUAUGGCCAAUAUUCACAAUCAUCUUUGGGGCAGGUCUCUGUUUCACAAUCUUCAGGUCGGGCAAAUUCACAACUGUCGAAUCUCGUGUCUCAAUCGCAGCAUCAAAACUCCUUAAAUGUCCCAACAGGUAGUUGGGAAAGUUCAGUGCCACAAGCUAGUGCUGGUUCAGAGCAACAGGUGUCAUCUCAGAAUCAUGAUGGUGGUGAUGCCGACGCUCAGACUAAACGAUUUCAGGCUACAGUUCAGCUCGCUGCGGCCCUUUUGCAGCAGAUGCAGCAACAGCAAGGGAAGCCUUCAGGAAAUCAAGAACAGCAUUGAUUUAUUUGUGAAAGCGUUACCCUGCAGAGCUCCUCGAGGUUGGAGAUGCUUCGUACCUGAAUGAUAUUUGCUAUGUGCACUCGGUGAUUCCCGCUGGAAUGAAGAUGUCGAGGUUUUGCGGAACCAAUCCACACAUCAACCUGAACCGCUUUCCUUGCAUGCAGUGACUUGCGCAGCAGUUCCUCCUGAUUCUUCCGGGCAACACGCGCUGAAUCUAGAGUACGAAGUUUGAACGAAGUCGAGAAUCGAUGUCAAAUCCUUCGGUGCACGAUCUACAGGAAAAGUUCUACUCACCAGUAACACAAUCCUGCAACUUGAGCACCCGUGGAUCCUUUGAGACCCAGUUCAACUGAUACCACCAUUCCUACAGGAUCUUAACAUCACACGCUAUGGUCAAACCCCCAGGUUCUGUUGAACUGUCCUCGGUUGUGUCCAUUGUUGCCAUAGUCCCGCUCUAUUUCCUGAGGCUGCGUUUGGGGAUCGUUGUCACUUCACUAGUUCUGUUGUACAACCACAAUGGAUACGUGGAUUUGAGCAAAGAACAUGGACUAUCAAGUUGUGGGCUCCUGGACUUCAAGCAUGGGAGAGAAUCCAACCUCGUUCCAGAUUUGAGACCUGUCCCAUGCCCAUUCGUCAAGCUUUUUGUUACGUUUGUUUUGUUCCUUCGCAUCUAUGAAGCCCAUCUCUGUUUUCCACCAGGUAUUCCCAUGAUUGCUGAGCAUAGGCCCUCUGGCCUUCGUGUGGUUUACUCAUUCAGCAUUAACACCACCCUUCUUAUUUUGAGUUUCCUAUCUAAA